AUGGAGAUUUCAUUUCAGAGGAGUGCUUGGUGUUGGGUGAGGGUUGUUGCCGUGGAUGGGAAGGGUGGGGUUUUGGAGACUAGCACUGAGGUCGAUGCACCCGAUACGGAAGAAGUGAUCGAAGUAGAAACGGAGGCUGAAAAGCCAUUAAUGCCAUCAAGAUCCGCAUUGGACUUAAUAGCAAUAGCUGGAUUUGCAUUUGGAAUGUUGGAGUUUUGGAGAAGGAAUGAUUCGAAACGGAUAUUUUCUAAUUUGGGGUAUAGUAAACUUCCAGUUGGGAACGAAGAAUAG